UUGCGUCAUCAUAUCCACAACAGCAGCAGAGCUACAGUAGAGCUGCAUCCCGGAAAAAGACAGGAGCCUCUUGUAGCAGCGGAGCUAGCUACCUCCAUGUGUGUGCUGUCACAAGGGUGAAGUGCCCGCAAAACUAACCGAAAAACACGUUUUUGUCCUCUCUCUUUGAAGGCCACGAUAGGCUACGUAAGCCGAAGCGACAGGGACUGACACGGACAUGGCGACAUCCAGCCCCUGUGUUGUGAUCAGCGAUGAGGAGCAGGGGUAUGACCUGGACCUUUUCUGCAUACCAAAACACUACGCCUCUGACCUGGAGAGGGUUUACAUCCCACAUGGACUUAUCUUGGACAGGACAGAGAGACUGGCCAGAGAGAUCAUGAAGGAAAUGGGGGGGCACCACAUCGUGGCCCUCUGCGUGCUCAAAGGGGGUUACAAGUUCUUUGCGGACCUGCUGGACUACAUCAAGGCUCUGAACAGGAACAGUGACCGUUCCAUCCCAAUGACAGUGGACUUCAUUCGCCUCAAGAGCUACUGUAACGACCAGUCGACAGGUGAAAUCAAAGUCAUUGGAGGAGAUGACCUGUCUACACUGACAGGCAAGAAUGUCUUGAUCGUCGAGGAUAUCAUCGACACAGGGAAGACAAUGAAGACGUUAUUGCAACUCCUCAAACAGUACAAUCCCAAAAUGGUUAAAGUAGCAAGUUUGUUGGUGAAGAGAACACCAAGAAGUGUUGGCUAUCGACCGGAUUUUGUAGGAUUCGAGGUGCCUGACAAAUUUGUGGUGGGAUACGCGCUAGACUACAAUGAAUACUUUAGAGAUCUAAAUCAUAUCUGCGUCAUUAGUGAAACAGGGAAGGAGAAGUACAAGGCAUGAAGAGCACCUCGAAACAAUUUUUAUUGUAUGGUUAUAUCUUUUACUUUUGCGGUCCAUUUUAUAUUUUAUUACUUCAUAUUUGUGUCGUAAAAAUACUCAGCCUGCUCAGGGUCCCAGGGGAUUCACUGUUGGAGUGA